AAAGUAUUGUCAGUACAAGCAAGUUUCAAACACAACCAAAGUUAGAUUUUUUGAAAAGUUCUUGUUGUAAAGGUAUCAGUGUUAGUAUUACUUAAAAGUUGAAAGUGCAACAACUAAUAGAGCUUAUUUGAUAUUUACUGUUUUUCUAUUCAUUAUAGCUAUUGUCAUUUUACUACUUCCUACAAGCUUCAACAUCCCAUUACAUCAUAAUCAAAAAUAAGUUUGAAUUCUAAAUUUUAUCUCAAUUAAAUAACUGCUUUAUAAGUCAACAAUGUCAAAUAAGAAAGUAAACUUAUCCCUUAAGUUAAAUAAAUCUAUCAGUAAUCUUUCGGCAUCGUCGGACUUUAACUCAGGUGCACCAUUCACACCUUUAGAACAAACUUUAAAAACUCCAAUAGACACUCCUAAGCUUAAUCCUCAAUUUGGUCAGUUUGGUGCAUCAACAAAUACAGCUAAUCAAAAUGGGUUUUACUUUGCUCCACCACCUCAAGUUGGUUCAAAUCAAUUAUAUUCAAAUCCAGUAUAUAAUGAAUCAGAUGAUAUAUUAACAGAUAUUGAUGAUGUUAAUGGAUCUUCUGCAUUUAAAUCAACUAGAAAUUAUACAAUACAUUUCACUCAAAUUUUUGAUCAAUUAGUCAUGUCAAUUUACUCACAUUUCCUUUCCUUACCCACUACCACACCAUUUCUGGGAAAUAUUCCUCCUAGUGGUUUAGCUAGUAAAGUAGCAAAUGAGACAAUGUCAAGUUUACUAGCAAAUAUUACAGGAUUUAAUCCUCCCUUAUAUGAUCAUCAAUCAAUAAUUAAUCUCGAUUAUUUGAAAAAUCAGCAUUAUCAACCAAUAUUUUUACAAUUAAUAAGAAAAAGAUUAUUGGAUUUAUGUACUUUUAAUAGUCAAAAUAAUGAUAAAUCAGUUGUUAAUAAUGGUAAUAAUUCAUGUGUCAAUUCUAUCAUUAAUAAUAAUAGAUUACCUGAUUCUACUACAGUUUCGGUAACUUCAACUGGUUUACGUCAAUCAUCAAUUUCAAAUUUAUCUCUUAAUGAAUUAAAUAUCCUGAAUUAUAAUUCUCAACAAAUUGGAUCCAAUGGUUCAAAUACAAACCCCAAUCCUCCACCAUUAAACAGAUCUAGAUCAUCUUCCUUAAGUUUAAGAAAACAUUCUUUAACGAGGAAUAAUUCUUAUACUAAUAAUAAUUGGUUACAUGUUGGUAAUAUCAAUAGUAUAAGACCACAUAGUAAUAGUACUGUUAGUAAUGGUACAGGACCAAUUAAUGAGAAUUUUAAUAUUAGUACAGAUUCUCUUCAAUCAGUUCAAGAUUAUGUUCCUCAAAAUUAUAUUAAUAGAAGUGCAAAUAAUGGUAGUGGAAGUUUUAAUUCUAUGAUGAUGGAUUAUCAAACACCUCCAAACUCCAAUAAAGGUUCUAUUUCGGGUCCUACUAUGACUCCACCAUACUCGAAUAAUCAAAUUAUACAUAAUUCACUUGCCCAUGGUCAUAAUGCCAAUCCUGGUGAUUUUGAUGAUUUUUCAUUGUACCAGCAACAACAACAACAGCAACAACAACAGAAUCAACAGCAAAGAUCAAGGAGUUCAUCAAGAGGUACUAAUUCAUUUCCUCAUCCAUUAACUAUUAAUACUGAAACCGCCAACCUUCAAGCAUUGAAUGCAUUGAAUGGUGUUUCUACCCCUUUAGGAUUAAAUACAUCCAGAGGAGGUUAUUCUAAUAAUGUUCCAACAAAUGGGUUUGCCUUGGACUCACCAUUCAUGUCAGCAACUACACCUUCAGAAGAUUUUGGAUAUUUCUCUAAUGGUUUCCCUCAACCACAAUUCCCUCAAGGUCAAUUUUCAGCUCCUAAUAGUGCGGGAAGUGUUAUGUCAACUGCUUCUUCAUCUUAUAAUAGUGGAGGUGAAAGUCCAAUCACCAUUAGUACAUCUGAAACUAUAAAUUCAGAUAGUAAUAGAGGACACAUUCCUAACUUGGUAAGUCAAUUCAGUUUAAGUGAGAAAAAGAGGGAUUCAUUAAAGAUGAAGAGAGGGAUUCAUUAGCAUUCCCAUCCAUAAUAUACAUGUCCAUCACGUUUAUAGAGAUGGAUAUAU